GAACAACCUGCCAGCCUACCUCCUCCUUGAUGCUGAUUUUGUAGUGGGAGAUACACCACAUCUAGUGGAACUCUCUCUGGUCAGCAUUGAUUGUAGUGCUGGUACUAGAUGGUCUGGAUUAGUUGUUAGAUCUCUGAUUGAGUGUGUUGUACUCAUUCAUUUAGUCACAAAGAUGAUGCUACAGUUGUUGUUCUGCCUACUGAAGAUCAUGUUGGCAGGGAAAGCCAACCAAUCUGGCUGGUGAGACUGGUAUCCAUCAUGAAAACUUCCCCUCCCCCUCUUAAAGCUGAUCUGUUUGGUUUAUGGAUUGCAAAUUUGUCUGAUGACUGGAAAUCAUUAAGGAUAAAGCCAUUGUAGAAGUGAUGUACAGUCCUCAACCAUCUGUUGUUGAUUUCCUUCUUUGUUUAGUGAAUGUUGAUAUUGUCAUCUUGGAUGUUUAGGGAUGGGAAAACUUGCAGGGCAGCAAUUGCCUUUAUCCUUGCCUUCAGUGAGAAAGCGAGAAUGGUAUUAAUGGUAAAGGAAACUUUUGGUAGCAUGAGAGGCACGUAUGUUCAAGAACAGAAAAGUUAUGCAAUUUAUCACCAUUUAUUGUAUGUAAGCAUAGAAUCUGGAAUAAAUAAUGAACCAAAGGAAAGACAUUGCAUGAGGACAGUGUUUUACAGGAGUGAAAGUAAUUGAUGACAGUCAACAUAAUAUGAAAACUAUGAAGUGUGGAGUGAGGUGUAAGGUAAAGUAUUUGCACUUAAAAUAUUUUCUCUCAUUUCAAAGUGUUUCUGAGUUAGUACAUGAAUUAUGCUUAGGAAUUUUCUCGAAUUUAGUAAAUAAAAUAAAUAAAUAAAUAAAUAAAUAAAGGUAUGCUUUAUGAUGUACGCUUUAGUUACACAGGCUGUAAUGAUCAAAUAUAAGAGUAGUUAGCUAAUUUUGGUAAAAUUUUAGAAAUAAUAACAUUGUGAAGUUGGGUUAUGAGAAUGACAAGCAUGAAAGAAGAAAGAAAAAUCCGGAGCAAAGGCAAGAACAAUAAAAAAAAAUAAAUAAAUAAUAAAAUAGCAUAAUACAGUGAGAAGGAUGUAUGAAAGGUUGAAGAAGAAAAGAUGAAGAAACGAAGGAGUGAGAAAGAAUGUAGAAAAAAUGGAAGGAGGAAAAAAAAAAAAAAGUAGAAGGCGGAAUGACUAAUUAAUCUCAAUUUUCAAUAUCGAGAAACGCCCCUUCAAACUACUUGUAUAGCUUUGUCUGCAAUUAUCAGUGUACUGUGCUAGAGAGGCGAAUUAAAUGGUGUAAAAUAAAUCGUGAACCUAUAGAAUGAGAAGGCACAGAUAGGUAGGGUAAGAGAAGCUGCGAGUGAGAGGCGCGAUGGCAGCAGUGUAGCAGUUGCAUCUCGGGCGUCGAGUUGGUAGGUCGCUCCUGCCUAUCACAGAGCAAGGCGCGGGGUGAGGCGCGCCAAAGUUGUCCAUCUGUGACGCCCUUUAGUGUCUGUUCCAACCAUACCUACGAAAGAACAACAUGCAGCAGGUGUCUUAUUAGCCUGACAAGGCUAUCUGUGAUAAGCUACACUAUCUAAUAUAAAGUAAAAGGCGUUUAGGAUAGUAAAGGCUAGUAACAGAGUGCCAAGUACACUUCCUUGCCAACUUUGUACACUGAUAACUGCUUUACGAGUUAAAAAAAAAAAAAAAAAAACGCGAAUACCCCAGUGACGUUUGUUUGUGAUGAGCGUUGCAUGUUACGUUAGUCUACAGAGCACAUCCGUGCCUCGCCUCUGUCAAGGUUAAGACAAGUUCCGCAACUCUCGAGUACAGCAGGCGUGUGGAAACGAGGAGGGCAAGAAUCUGGAGAGAGAAAGAGGGACAAAAGAAAAUCAAAGUAGGCGAAGAAGGAGAAAGAAGAAGGAAGAGGAAGAAAUUUACUAGCACUGAAAAGAACUACGAUAUCUGUGAAUACAUCUUGAGAGAGAUUCAAGGCGUCACGAGAACAGGACUUACUGAAGAAAGCCAGUGUGGUCAGGGGCCUCACCCUUCCACAGACGAGUGGUGGCAUCGCAAGAAAUCGCCAGUUGCUCAACACUUGAGAGGGAGCAAGCGUGACUUUCGCCCAGACCAACCACAGUCACGCCUCAUCCACUAAGCGGGACCGGCAGAUAACGGACGCACAAGAAGUGUCCCGAACCUCCCUGGGUGCGUACAGUCCCCUGGUGACGAUGGAGGAGGAGGCAGUCAUGACCUCCGCCGAGCAGGACUGGGAGGCGCCCCUGACCACGGCGAGCUCGGCCAACGUGUCUCUGAGCUACAAGCCUUACGAGGAGCGACCCGAAACGUACAUCGUGCCCGUGCUGUUCGUGCUCAUCUUCGUGGUUGGCCUCGUAGGUAACGGGACACUGAUCGCCAUCUUCGUGAGGAACCGGAACCUUCGCAGCGUGCCCAACACGUACAUUAUCUCCCUGGCACUCGGAGACCUGCUGGUGCUGCUCUUCACGGUGCCCUUCAACAUGGUCAUCUACAUCCUCGACUCGUGGCCGUUCGGGAACUUCGUAUGCAAGUUCAGCGAGCUCGUGAGGGACGUGUCGGUGUGCGUGACUGUGUUCACCCUCACAGCGCUCUCCGCAGACCGCUACCUGGCCAUCGUGUCCACCGUCAGGAGGGCAGUGGGCGGGGUGGGGCGCAGGACGGUGCGGGUAGCGGUGGGCAUCUGGGUGGCGUCAGGAGUCCUCGCCCUGCCUGCCGCCUUCACGUCUGGUGUGAGGGAGUUUUCCGUCGGCCACAAAAAUAUCACCGUGUGCGUACUCUUUUCCCAAGACCUGCCGGUUUGGUACUCCAAAGUGUAUGUGGUGACCAAGUUCCUCCUGUCGUACCUGCUGCCGCUGCUGGUGAUAGCAAUCUUCUAUCUCCUGAUGGCGAUGCACCUGCUGUCCGCCGACGACGUGCCGCAGGAGUCGCACGUGUUCCACCGGCAGCUCAGGACGCGGAGGAAGGUGGCCAAGAUCGUGCUCACCUUCGUUCUCAUCUUCGCGGUGUGCCUGCUGCCCACCAACGUGUUCCUGGUGUGGUACUACGUGCUGCCCUACGGCUCCUACAACGAUUUCUGGAACGCCAUACGCAUUAUUGGCUUUUGCCUCUGCUUCCUCAACUCCUGCAUCAACCCAAUCGCGCUGUACUGCAUCUCCGGCACCUUCAGGAAAUAUUAUAACCACUACCUGUCCUGCGUCCUCUGCUGCUGUGACGACGGCGGCGGGACGGGGGGCACGCGGGCCCUCCUGCAGCCCACAAACUCUGCCUUGUCCCGCUGUCGCUCCUUCACCAUGCGAGGCACGACGGAGACCAUCACCCUCACCACCUUAGUGCAAGACCGCUCGUCCCCUGCCACCUCCUGACACACGUCUCCUCAUCUCUGCUCUCCCGCCCUCACCCGCCAUGCCUCGUCCCUGUCCCCGGCCUCCUCCCCCGCCCAUAGUGCUCUAUUAAAGCAGGACUCAUCCAGUGCGCGUCAGCUCCUAGUGGUGAGGGACAAGGAUGUGAACCGAAGCACUUCUUGUAUCUACGCCGAGGUUGAGUUGUGAGGUUUGUGUGAAGUGUUGUGCUGAGGGGCCGACCGAAGACGAAUGUAGCUCUAGUAUCAACGAAAGGAAAAUGCCACGCUUGUCUGGAGCUUUAUGAGAAAAGACGUAUGAAUAGGAGAAAGUAUCAUUGUUGCUACUUUACUAGCUGUUAUCAA